CACAUUUUGUAGGAGACAGACAGGCCUUCAUUCCGCCAGACGCAACAAAAGUUCACCAGAAUGAUGAACGAUGACAAUAAAGACGCAUUUAGAAAUGUCAGCCAGAAGCCAGGCCUGCAGAUAUGGACCAUCAAUAACAUGCAGAUGGUGCCUGUUCCAGCCCAAGGCUUUGGUAACUUCUUUGAGGGAGACUGUUACAUUGUUCUUCAUAACAAGGGCUCAGGACAGACAGCUGACAUCCACUACUGGAUAGGAAACACAUCUUCUCAGGAUGAGCAAGGCGCAGCAGCCAUCUACGUCACCCAGCUGGACGAGUACCUGGGCGGUAGGCCGGUCCAGCACAGGGAGGUGCAGGGAAAUGAGUCGCCCCGAUUCAGGAGCUACUUUAAAAAUGGCCUGAUCUACAAAAAGGGUGGAGUGGCCUCAGGUUUCCACCACGUUGACACCAAUGCCUACAAUGUCUUGCGAUUGCUGCAUGUCAAAGGGAGGAAACAUGUCACAGCGUCAGAGGUGGAGGUGUCAUGGAACAGCUUUAACAAUGGCGAUAUAUUCCUGCUGGAUAUGGGGAAAGCCAUAGUGCAGUGGAACGGAGCCCAUAGCAACAGGAGAGAGAAGCUCAAGGCAGUCUUGUUGGCUCAGGACAUCCGGGACAGAGAGAGAGCUGGUCGUGCUCAGAUCGGUGUUGUGGAGGGAGGAGAUGAGAAAGACUCACCAGAGCUGAUGAAAAUCAUGACGGCGGUGCUCGGCCAGAGACAUGGGCCGCUGAAGGAGGCCGUUCCCGAUGACAAACCCGACCAUGUGCAGAACACCACUGUCCGGCUCUACCAUGUUUUUGAAAACAGCGGGAAUCUAGUGGUUCAAGAGGUGGCUACGCAGCCUCUAACGCAAGACCUGCUUCACUCCUCUGACUGUUAUAUUGCAGACCAGGGAGGUUCUAGUGUGAUGGUGUGGAAAGGCAAACAGGCCUCCAAGGAAGAGCGGAAAGAAGCUCUGAACAGGGCAGUGGGCUAUAUCAAAGCCAAGAAUUACCCCUCCAGUACCAGAGUGGAGGUGAUGGCCGAGGGUGGUGAGUCGGCGAUGUUCAAACACUUGUUCAAGUCCUGGAGAGAUAGAGGCCAAACGCAGGGUCUGGGUACCACCUACAGCGUGGGAAAGAUAGCAAAGGUAGACCAAGUGAAGUUUGAUGUGAUGGAGCUUCACGCUCGCCCUGAACUGGCAGCACAGCAGCGAAUGGUGGACGACGCCUCUGGAGAUGUUAAGGUGUGGCGCGUUGAGAACUUGGAGCUGGCUGAAGUAAAUCCAAGUACAUAUGGACAGUUCUAUGGAGGAGAUUGCUAUUUGGUGCUGUACAGCUAUCAAAGAGCAAACCAGCAGCAAUACAUACUCUACAUGUGGCAGGGCCGUCAUGCCACUAAAGAUGAGGUCACAGCAUGUGCCUACCAGGCUGUCAAUGUUGAUAACCAGUACAAUGGAGCCCCGGUCAUGGUCAGAGUGGUCAUGGGAAAGGAGCCUCGCCAUUUCAUGGCCAUUUUCAAAGGCAAACUUGUCAUCUUUGAGGGUGGCACAGGACGACCCGGUGUGGUCAACCCUGAAAGCGAUGCCAGGCUCUUCCAGGUGAGAGGGACCAGUGAGCUGAACACCAAGGCCAUUGAAGUGAUAGCGAGGGCGUCAUCUCUCAACACCAACGAUGUUUUCGUGCUGAAGACUGAUAAUAUAGGCUACCUGUGGUAUGGAAAGGGCUGCAGCGGGGAUGAGAGGGAGAUGGGGAGAGCCAUGUCUGAUGUGCUUUCCAGACAGGACAAGCAGGUGGUGAUGGAGAACCAGGAGCCAACUGAAUUCUGGGUAGCUCUGGGAGGAAAGGCUCCCUAUGCCAGUGACAAGAGACUGCAGAGAGAGGAGCCUCCUCACAGUCCCCGGCUGUUUGAAUGCUCCAAUCAGACGGGUCAGUUUCGGAUGACAGAGGUGGAUGACUUCGCCCAGAGUGACCUGGACGAGGAGGAUGUGAUGCUGCUGGACACCUGGGAGGAGAUUUUCUUGUGGGUUGGAAACCUAGCCAACCAGCAUGAGACCAAGGAGGCGUGGAACAGUGCCCAGGAAUACCUGAGGACCCAUCCAGCAGGCCGCGACCCCGACACACCCAUCAUCUUUGUCAAAGAGGGACACGAGCCUCCCACCUUCACCGGCUGGUUCCAUGCAUGGGAUCCUCAUAAGUGGAGUGGAGGCAACUCCUAUGAGGAGAUGAAAAAAAAGCUGAGUGAUGAUGCAUCUCUCUCACAGAUCACUGUUGACCUGAACAACAGUAAUCUGAAUAAGAGCCCUGCUGGGAUGGGUGGGGGUGGUUACAGGGCUCCAGGGGGCCCCAGGAGCUCCUCUCCAGGCUACAGGGUUUAUGGAGGUGACCUGUCCCCCAGACCUUCUACUCCCAAUAGCCCGUCUACCCAAAGGUCACAGCCUUCUGUGUCCAUGACCUUUUCCCCUUCCUCUAGCCUUACUCCAUCGUCCCCAGCUGGCAGAACUGUGUCCCCCUCUCCUGGAGGCUCUGAGAUGUAUCUGAACCCUGACAUCCUCAUCAACAAGUCUCCCAGUGAUCUGCCCCAGGGAGUGGACCCAAGCCAAAGGGAGGACUACUUGUCUGAUGAGGACUUUGAGAACCUGCUUGGCACCACCCGCUCAGACUUCCAGCGCCUGCCAAAGUGGAGGCAGAAUGACUUGAAGAAAAAAGCAGGACUUUUCUGAGAGAGAUUAAUUAUGGGAUUACAUGGAAAGGUUGUCAAACCUGAGAAAGUUUUCUGUAAAGCAAACUGAGAGGCAGCAUUUUAGCUGUUGUUGAGAAUAACAGGGCUGGUAGAAGUCUUCAUCAUUUCAUCUAUAUAUUUUUUAAAAUUUAAUGACAAUGUUUUCAACCAACAGCCAAGUUAUAGUGAUUAAACGUGCUAAACUAUUAAAGCUUCUUUACACGAUUGUGAUAAAAAUCAUACAUUUAAUGGGCAUGACUUACUUAUUAAUGGUUAUGCUUUAUGUUUGAUCACUGAUCAAGUUUUCUCUGCAUAAUAUUGUCAUUUGCCAUGUGUAAAUCAUUAUAUUAUGAAUAAACACAAAAAGCCUUCCAU